UUCAAUCCUAAUAACCCUAAAGACCAUUAAAAAGCCUUGCACUUUCUUCCUCCGGCGCCGUUACUUUCUCUUUCGCUCCUUCUACUAACAAAACCUUGUUGCAGAUUCACAUCUCCCCUUUUUUCUUCUCCUCUUCGAGCCAACAGUGUGGUUCUGGACGAUCGGUCCCGGAAAUAUAAAGCUCGGCUCGGAUUGCAUAUUAAAUGUCUAUCCCAGUUAACCCAAAACCUUUCUUGAACAAUUUGACCGGGAAGCCUGUCAUUGUGAGACUCAAGUGGGGAAUGGAGUACAAAGGUUUUCUUGCCUCAGUGGAUUCAUACAUGAACUUGCAGCUGGCUAACACUGAAGAAUACAUUGAUGGGCAAUUCACUGGAAAUCUGGGAGAGAUUUUGAUCAGAUGCAACAAUGUAAUGUAUCUUCGCGGGGUUCCGGAGGACGAAGAAAUUGAAGAUGCUGAGCGAGACUAGGGAAUAGGAUUCCAGUAUUUAAUAUUUGCUUCGUUUGAGGCAUAUAACCUGUAGUAAUUCUACUGUGUAAUCCAAUGUAGAGAUGUUGUGGAUGUUGGAUGUGCAUGCUAACCAUGACUCUUAAAGGACCCUCGUAGAUCUACUGUUCCCUGCCCUGUCAAGCAUGCAUUGUUUAUUUUCACUUGAGGAGUUUAUUUCUGCAAGUAAAUCUCUUUUUCUCAUUUAA